UUGACGCGCCAGCUGGUACAGGACGAGAACGUGCGCGGGGUGAUCACCAUGAACGAGGAGUAUGAGACGAGGUUCCUGUGCCACUCUUCACAGGAGUGGAAGAGACUAGGAGUCGAGCAGCUGCGGCUCAGCACAGUAGACAUGACUGGAAUCCCUACCUUGGACCACCUCCAGAAGGGAGUCCAAUUUGCUCUCAAGUACCAGUCGCUGGGCCAGUGUGUCUACGUGCAUUGUAAGGCUGGGCGCUCCAGGAGUGCCACUAUGGUGGCAGCAUACCUGAUUCAGGUGCACAGAUGGAGUCCAGAGGAGGCUGUAAGAGCCAUCGCCAAGAUCCGGUCUUACAUCCACAUCAGGCCUGGCCAGCUGGAUGUUCUUAAAGAGUUCCACAAGCAGGUUACUGCAGGGGCAGCAAAGGAUGGGACUUUUGACACUUCAAAGACAUGAUGUAUGUGGAUUAGAAAGAACUCAAGACACUCCUGCUUGAUACAGAAUAAAAAAAGCUUAACAGGACCCACAGGGCUUAAGCCCAGACUUGACAUAACCAAAAUGUGCCAAUAGGUAAUAGGUAAUUUUGCUUUCUCUGUCUUGUUUCGUUUUCUUGAAAUAACACUGUUGUGUGGCUAGAAAGGAAAA